GGUGGCCGAGUUGUUCUUGGGAUUGGGCCCGAUCGACACUAUGGGCUCGGCGGCCCGUUCACUUCUGUACGCGAAUACCUCCGAGCGCAUAUCAGAUCCUCACUCAUCGCCCUCGAAAAGCAGCAAGCCAUUGAAGAAUAUAAAGAGAAGUUUCUGGAUCGUAUCAGGGACUUUGUCGGCAAUCACCUGCACAAUAUUCCCGCCAUCGUCGAGGACAUCCCCAUCGUCGCCAUGCACGCGGACAUGGGCCCUCAUAACAUCAUUGUGUCCAGCGAGACACACCCCGAGAUACAAGCGGUCAUUGAUUGGGAAUUCGUAGCCAGCGCACCAUAUGCAUCGCUCCACCGAAUUAUUGAGAUGCUCUUCCGCAAGCCUGCUUCCAAUGGAUUUGGCCCGGAGUACGAAGGCGCUGAUGAACUCCGCGAAGCUUUCUGGGCAACUAUCCCUGACUGGAAGCAGUGGGACCAGAGCGAGACGACACAAGCGUUCCUGGAGUGGUUCAGGUUCGGCCUGUUCAUGAAGCCUGAAUGGAGGCCGAAAGACUUACCCAAGGACGAGAGACAGGACUUUUGGCGGGAAAACAUUCGGGUUGUUGAAGACAUUUUAAAGAAGUAUUCGUAG